CUCGUCACUGUAUUAUGUAUUUCUUUUUACAUCAGUAAAGAUGAUCGGCAAGUGUGGUAACCUGCUACUCUGCAUUUUUGCUCGGUGCUGCUCUGUGUGUUUCUCUGCCACCACAUUGCCCUUCACAGAAUAUCUUGACUCUGCCAACCUGGUGUCUAUCAGUUGGGGCUUUGAUAACAAUGGAGGACCAAUCACAUUUCAAGUUGUUGCCAAUACUGCUGGGUGGGUUGGCUUUGGAUUUAGCCCCAGUGGAAGCAUGACUGGAUCAGACGUUGUAAUUGGAGGUGUCAAUCCAGAUGGCACAGUUUACUUUGCUGAUAGACAUGCAACAGGAAAUACACUGCCACUGGUUGAUACAAAACAGGAUUACACCUUGAUAAAUCUGAAGGAAAGUGGCAGCACAACAACGAUGACUUUUAGCAGGCAACUUCAGACAUGUGAUACUGAUGACCUGCCAAUCACAGCAACACCAAUGAUACUGAUUUAUGCAUAUGGAUCAAAAGAUACUAUUUCUUAUCAUGGAGCAUCACGAGGUGCCAAGGUCAUCAAUUUGCUUAAUUAUGCUGGCAGUGUGCAGUCUGCAGUCAGCUAUAGUUAUAUUAAUUUGACAGCAACAAAUGCCUUUGAAUUCCCUGCCAAUGUAGGAAUUUCUGUCGGUACAAGUCAGGACCCCCUGUACUUUCGUUUGGAGAUGCACUAUAAUAACCCACUGGCUACUUCAGGUAUGCGCAAUUGCUUUUUGGCAACAGUGGAAAAACAAAAGUACAGAAAUGGUUAG